GAUCAUGAUCCGGGACAAGCUCAUCCGCGACGGCAUCAACCUGAGUAAACCCCCCUACUCCAACAAGGAUGGGUCACUGGGAAGUAUUGAUGACCUGGCACAGCAGUAUGCAGACUACUAUAACACCUGCUUCACGGAUGUGUGUGAGAGGAUGGAAGAGCUGCGCAAACGGAGGGUUUCCCAAGAACUUGAUAUGGAGAAACCUGAUGCCAGCCCCACGUCUCUACAGCUGCGAUCCCAAAUUGAGGAGUCACUUGGUCUCAGCAGCACUGCAUCAACACCUGACACUGAAAGAAAGCUCUCCAUUCAUAAAUCAAGUUCGGAAGAAGGCUCUGUAGGGAAAGCAGACUGGAAAAAGAAAAAUAAGUUUUUUUGGCAGAAUUUCCGAAAGAACCAGAAAGGACUAAUGAGACAGACUUCAAAAGGAGAGGAUGUGGGGUAUGUGGCCAGUGAGAUCACCAUGAGUGAUGAGGAGCGGAUCCAGCUGAUGAUGAUGGUCAAAGAGAAGAUGAUCACCAUUGAGGAAGCACUUGCUAGGCUGAAGGAGUAUGAAGCCCAGCACAGGCAAUCAAGCACUGUAGAUGCUACAGAAUGGCCUGAUGGUUCUUACUCAACAUUUGAUGGGUCUUCCAAUUGUAAUUCAAGAGAACAAUCCGAUGAUGAAACAGAGGAGUCGGUGAAGUUUAAGAAGUUGCACAAGCUGGUGAAUUCUACUCGCAGAGUCAGGAAGAAACUCAUAAGAGUGGAAGAAAUGAAAAAACCCAGCACAGAAGGUGUGGAAGAGCACUCGCUUGACAACUCUCCUAUACUGGAUGACAGAUCGGCACUUUACUCUGGAGUUCACAAGAAGCCAUUCUACUUUGACAGCUCCUGUGAAAAGCAGCCAGAGGACGACUCGGACUCACUUACUACUUCUCCUUCAUCCAGCAGUCUUGAUACUUGGGGAGCUAACCGGAAGCUGGUGAAGACCUUCAGCAAAACUGACAGCCGUGGCCUUAUCAAGCCUCCCAAGAAACUCGGGACAUUUUUCUCUUACCCAGAAGAGGAGAAGACCCAGAAAGUUUGCCGCUCCUUGACAGAUGGGGAAAUGAAGAAGAGCCUCGGCUCCCUGAGCCAUGGGAGGACCUGUAGCUUUGGAGGAUUUGACUUGACAAAUCGUUCCCUUCAUAUUGGAAACAGUUCUGACCAAAUGGGCAAAGAAGGAGACUUUGUUUAUAAGGAAGUGAUCAAAUCACCCUCUGCCUCCCGUAUAUCUCUGGGCAAAAAGGUGAAGUCUGUAAAAGAAACCAUGAAGAAAAGGAUGUCUAAAAAAUACAGCAGCUCUCUGUCUGAGCAGGAGUCCAGCCCUGGGGUCAUGCCAGGUUCUCCGCAGUCACCGCCGCCAGACACUGACUCCCUGGACAAACCCAAGCUGAAAGCUGGUGGCUCAGUAGAGAGCCUGAGGAGUUCCUUAAGCGGCCAGAGCUCAAUGAGCGGUCAGACGGUGAGCACAACAGAUUCCUCAACCAGCAACAGGGAGAGCGUGAAAUCAGAAGAUGGUGACGAUGAAGAGCCUCCUUACAGAGGACCUUUUUGUGGAAGAGCCAGGGUUCACACUGAUUUUACUCCAAGUCCUUAUGAUACAGACUCUCUGAAGCUCAAGAAAGGUGACAUCAUUGAUAUUAUCAGCAAACCCCCUAUGGGCACUUGGAUGGGCCUGUUGAACAACAAAGUUGGCACUUUCAAAUUUAUCUACGUGGACGUGUUAAAUGAAGAGGAAGAGAAGCCAAAGCGGCCCACCAGGAGACGCCGGAAAAGCAGACCACCCCAGCCCAAGUCAGUUGAGGAUCUCUUGGAUCGCAUCAACUUAAAGGAGCACAUGCCCACUUUUCUGUUCAACGGUUAUGAAGAUCUGGAUACCUUUAAGCUUUUAGAAGAAGAAGAUUUGGAUGAACUGAACAUCAGAGAUCCUGAGCACAGAGCUGUUCUCCUCACAGCAGUGGAACUUCUACAGGAGUAUGAUAGUAACAGCGACCAGUCAGGAUCUCAGGAGAAACUUCUCAUUGAAGGCCAAGGCCUAACCGGAUGCUCUCCUCGGGAUUCUGGCUGCUAUGAAAGCAGUGAAAACCUGGAGAAUGGUAAAAAUCGAAGGACCUGUCUUCUGCCCUCAAAAUCAGCAAGUGAGCAUAGCUUUAAGGACUUCAGCAGAAACCAGCUAUCAAAUUAUCCUACCCUUCCACUGACCAAGUCGAUAGAAACUAUACAGCAAGGGGAAAAAGAAGGCCGGUUGAGUUGUGCCCAUCGUGCUUUGAAGAGCUCUGUCAAACCUCCCGCUGCUACGGGCCUGAAGAAGAACCGUAGAAGUCUACCAGUUGCCGUCUGUCGGAGCUAUGAAACUCUGGAUGGCCCACAGGGUGUAGAUACAUGGCCAAGAUCUCACUCUCUGGAUGAUCUCCAGGGAGAAUCCAAUACUAACCUACAGGACACUAGCAAGGAGGUAGGUUCUUUUCCUCAGGAUUCACUGGAUACAGCAAAAAAGACGACUGGCUCUGCCCUGCCGCCUCGGUCUCAUGGAGGCAGCUGUAUGGCAGAUGACUUGAUGGCUAAGCAGGGUAAAGGAGCUGCUAGUUCUCAGAAGGGAAGAGCUAAGGAAUUGGACUUCUCUGUAAUGGAGAAUGCAGGUGGAAAGCCUGCUCCGUUCCCCCUGAAAAACUGUGAAGCUCAGCCUGCCUUAGUGAUGCAUCUUGCAACAAGGACGCCUCUGGAAAUACAAAGUAAAGGCUUUCAUGACCUCGCACGGGCUGAUUAUGCUCCAGUCCUCAAGGGAGGUCUGGAAGCUGAGCAAAAAGGCACAAAUGAGGCAAGAAUGCAACCAAAAAAUCCUUCUCAGCCACCACCUGUCCCUGCCAAAAAAUGCCGAGAACGCCUUUCUAAUGGAUUAUAUCAUCCUCCCAUGUCUGCGAGUGGGAACCACUCAAGUGUAGAAGCACCAUGUUUGCCAGUAAAAAAGAGCAGCUCAUCCACUCCCGUUGAUUGUCACGGAGUAUCUGUCCAUAGGACGUCAUCGGAACAGGAGGCAGGUACCCCUCCUAGCCCCCUGCCACCCUGGCUGUCUGAGCUGCCAGAGACUGCUAGUGUUCAGCAGCACGUGGUAAAGCUAGGUCCUGCCUCAGCGAGGAAAGUCUCGUGUAGCAGGGGAAUGGAUCUGGAGAUGGUAAUAGAAAACAAGUUGCAGUCUGAAGACAUUGAUCUUACUGAAGAACCAUACUCUGACAAGCAUGGUCGCUGUGGCAUUCCUGAGGCUUUGGUACAGAGGUACUCUGAAGACUUAGACCAGCCUGAAAAGGACGUUGCCACCAACAUGGACCAAAUCCGCGUAAAGCAGCUGAGGAAGCAGCAUCGCAUGGCAAUUCCAAGUGGAGGGCUCACCGAAAUUUGCCGAAAACCUGUAUCCCCAGGACUUAUCACCUCUGUAUCUGACUGGCUGAUUUCCAUUGGUCUACCUAUGUACUCCAGCCUGCUCACGGAAGCAGGAUUCAGCACACUGAGCAAAGUGCCUUCUCUGUCACAAACUUGCCUUCAAGAAGCUGGCAUCACAGAGGAAAGGCACAUAAGCAAGCUCCUGGCAGCGGCAAGACUCUUCAAACCUCUUGAUCCAGAGGCAAUUUAACAUGCUCCAUAGUGUGGCAUUGCCUGGUCGAGAAUCCACCGCUUCUUCCUGCACCAAUAUUGCUCUAAUUACUUCACAUAGCUAAAGGGAUCAAGGAACUGGCUCCCAAGGACAGGCAGAUAUCUUCUUCAUAGGAUAUGAAAUGUUUCUGUUGCUGUCUUUGGCAACUGAAGGAGAAGAGAAGCAACCACCAGGUAACACAGAUGUGGUACUUCCCUCCCCCCUCACUCCCCUGUAUUCUUAUUUCAUAAAGUGCACAGGGUUGGCCUGAGAAUCGGACAGCUUCACAGAAUUAAGGGACCCAUGCACAUUUUCCUCAAAUUUGUGAAAAUGCUAGUAAUAAGCCCUGUUUCUAUGGAGAGUUCAUUAGGUUUGGGGGUCUUCUGUGCAUCUAGGUUCCAGGUACCUGGAGUCAGCCCUAAAGACCAGGUACAAGCCAAGGUGCAAAUUCCAGUAGCAGCUGUUUGGCAGAUGCCUUUUGUUUAUUUUAGCAGUCUGGAGCUGAACACAAACCUCCUGGUCAUCCUCGCUGCUGCUCAGUACAGGUCCCCAUACACCACAAAGCCUUUAGCUAGGCCAAAGUCAAUGGACUGGAAUUAGGUUUCAGUAUGGUCCAUCUCUGUCACUCCAAUGCAACUAACCCGCGGAGAGUCAGAAAGCUUCUUUUUAUUUGUACAGAGCUGAGGUCAUUUUUAUAACUGCUUUCUAGCAAUCAGCUUUUUAUUUGCCUUAAAAUAAGCUUUGAAGCAGUUACCUAGUGUUCACUUACCCAUAUUCAUGUUUCCCGAGCCUUGUUUCAAGCUGUCACCCUUAAGCUGCACUUAGGGUGAUUUCCAGCUGAAGUAGCUUCUUUAAAAUGCCUCAUCAUAACACCUUCUGUGUUGUAGAGAUGCUUUUACAAAUGCAGGGUUCUGCUAGGUUUCGGUUGUCAGGCUAACUUCUUGUUCACUACAGUCUGCAUUUACUGUCGUUACUAAACUGUUCCAAGAUAUACUGCCUUGUAUAUAUGUAACUGCUUUUCAUUUAAUCAUAUUCUGUGUACUGUGUUAUAUUGUCAAUCAUUAUGCUGCAGCUUUGACUUGGUAUCCUGACCAGAUCGAUUCCAAACGGUGGGUUUCUGCAAAUGAAAAUUCACUUGUGGGAG